AUGGAUUCAGCAUCAAUUUCAACGAAAUCAUUUGUUUCACAGUGGAAUGCUGAUGCUGUUAUUGCUUGGCUUCAUGAAUCAAAUUUAGGUGCAUUCGAAAAAGUCUUCCGAGAUAAUGAAAUUGACGGUCCUAUACUGCUCAAACUUAGUGAAUCCAUGGUUGCUCGUUUAUUUCCAACCAUAAAACUUGAAGUUCAAUUUCUUGAUUUAUUACAAGCACUCAAACAAAAAAAUACAGGUGAUUUUAAUUCAAAGAAAACUAUUUCAUCGUCACCUGCAUUAACAAAUGGACGAUCAACAGCAGCACAGCAGAUAGCUGCUCAUGUUAGAGCAUCAUCAUCAUUUGAUAAUGGACAUAGUCACUCAUCAAAUUCAAAUUCGCCACAAACCACAAAUGGCCAACAUCAUAAUCCGUCAAAAGUUAUCUAUUCUGAACGUUCAAAUAUUUCCAAAGGACCACCAUUAAAAACACUUAAACGUGAACCAAAAUAUUUUCCAAAUCAAUCACUCAAUACUCAAUCAAAUGGAAAUAUAAGUUUAAAUUCAAAUGAAAACGAUACAAAACAUACAUUUCCUCAUGUAUAUAAAUUACCGCAAUUUGCUGAAACACUUCGUUUAGCACUUGCUUCACAAGAUGCAAGUGCUUUUAAACUACGCACUUAUUACAGAAAUUUAUUAAUAUCAUCUAUUUAUGAUGAUCUUACGCGUACAUAUAAUCUUUGGUAUCCUAAUGCUCGACAGUACAAAACAGUCGCGUCAGCACUUGUCAAAGCUUAUCCAUUUCUUGAAUCUUCAACAGAAGGUGGCGAGGGUGCAUGGAUUGAUGGUAUCAAAGGAAAAUUUAAACGUGGUCGUCGUACAGUAACAUCAUAUGUUGAUGUAGCCCAAACGAUGGGUGGUGAGAAUGGAUUCGAUAGAAUGUCCGGUGACGAAGAAAUGGGCGAAGAAAAAUUAGCACAAACAUCCGGUGGGCAAAAACGAUCAAGACACGAUUUUGAAGUUGAUUCUGAUGAAGGACAUUACGAAUCAGGUGAAAUGCCGAGAAAUCCCAAUGGAAAAGAUAUGGAUCAAACCAGUGAGAAUAAUGAUGAAUUAGAUGAAGGCGAAUUGAAACGUUUACGCACUUGUAUAGUAGCUAUGAAAGAAACACUAGCGACAACAAAUGAUCCUGAUAUAUCUCUUAUAUCGGAUUAUUUUAAAGAAACAUUUGAAAUUCGUCGAGAUUUUGUUAAAACACAUAAUACAAAUGAAAUUCUUGUAGAAUAUCCAGCAUUACAAUUACAUUCAUGUUUACUUGCUGAUUUUCAUAUGCAAACAAAUAUUCCUAUUCAAACUGUAUUAAUACAUAAACUUCGCUCAAUAUCAAAACCAAUUAUACGUCUUGCAAAGGAAACUGGUUGUGCACCAGAUAUUCUUCAUUCAUAUCAUACUAUUCUUUCUCAACGACCACAAUUAGAACAAAUCUUAGCCGAUACAUUCGCUAUAUUAAUUGUUGCAUGUUAUUUUGGUGAAUAUCAAUAUUUACUAAUCUCACCUGAUAAAGAUGCUCAAUCUCCCUGGCCAAUAAUUCGCGGUGAUCAUCCAGCACGUGCAUUUUUCGAUGGAAAACCUUCUUCAUUAGCCUACAAUAUUGAAUUAGAUUAUGUUCAAUUGUUUCAUCGGCCACUAAAUGAUUUAUUAACAGCUAUAUGUACAUUAUUUGCUACGUAUACAGUUUUUGAAAUUACAUUUGGUAAAUUAGAAAUGACAUUAUCAUUCAUCGAUUGUUUACUUCGCGAUAGUACUCAUGGAUCAUCACGUUCACCACAAGUACUUGAAUUUAUCAAUGAACUUAAUUCUAUGAAAUAA